AUGCCCGGCUGCGGCUGCUACAUCUGGGUCGAGAAUGCUCGCAAGUACCUCCCCCAGGUCCAGGUCAAAGCCCACACCACCAUCCUCGCCACUACAUCCCGGACAAACCUCACCCAGACCUUUGUGAACCCCAACAAGACCAACGCCAUCGAUGAGCUUCGGUACAUCUUUCCCCUCUACGAUGGAGUCUCUGUUGUCGCCUUUACCUGCACAGUCGGCUCCCGCGUCAUCAAGGGCGUAGUCAAGGAGCGCGAAAAGGCUAAGCAGGUGUACGAGGAGGCAAAGGCACAGGGAGAGAUCGCCGGCUUGCUGGAGCAGUCGCUUGAGUCUGCUGAUGUUUUCACCACCACUAUCGGAAAUGUCCCAGCUGGUGAGAAGAUCCAAGUUGACAUCACCUACCUUGGUGAACUCAAGCAUGACGCCGAAGUUGACGGUGUCCGAUUCACUAUUCCCACACACAUUGUCCCUCGAUAUGGAACGGCCUUGAGCCUCGGAGAUGGCUCAAAUGUCAUCAGAGAUGAAGGAAUUGCCUUCAGUAUUGACGCUGAGAUGCCUCAAGGCUCCUCCAUCAAGUCCAUCCAGUCACCAUCACACCCCAUCUCGGUCAACAUCGGCACCACGUCCACGACCGAAUCUGAGGAGCCAUCUCUGCGUCGGGCCUCUGCGACACUUCAACAGAAUGCCACCUUUUUGGAAAAGGACUUUAUUGUUCAGGUUGUCGCCACAAACAUCGGAGAGCCUUCGGCCAUCCUCGAGACUCAUCCCACCAUUCCCAACCAGCGUGCCCUCAUGACGACUCUUGUCCCCAAGUUCAAGCUCCCUUCCGAGAAACCCGAGAUUGUCUUUAUUUGCGAUCGCAGCGGAAGCAUGGGCGGUACCAUUCCCGACCUUAAAGCUGCCCUCGAGAUCUUUCUCAAGUCUCUUCCCGUUGGCGUCAAGUUCAACAUUUGCAGCUUCGGUUCCCACUUCAGCUUCCUCUGGGACAGGUCUCAGACUUACAGCAAGGAUAGUCUCGACAAGGCUUUGCGUCACAUCAAGUCUUUUGAUGCCGACUUUGGUGGUACUGAGAUGUACCAACCUGUCGAGGCCACCUUCAAGAAGCGCUACACCGACAUGAACCUCGAGAUCUUCCUGCUGACUGACGGCGCCAUCUAUGACCAGGACAGACUGUUUGAGCUCAUCAACCAUAAUGUGGCUGAGAGCAAGGGUUCCGUCAGAGUAUUCUCCCUCGGCAUCGGGUCUGGCGCCAGUACCUCACUGGUUGAGGGUGUCGCUCGGGCUGGUAAUGGCUUCGCCCAGACUGUCGGCCACGGCGAGAAGAUGGACAAGAAGGUCGUUCGCAUGCUCAAGGGAGCUUUGUUCCCUCACAUCACCGACUACUCUCUUGAGAUCAAGUACGAAAAGGCGGACACCUCGGCCGACGACGACGACGAGUUCGAGUUGGUUGAAAAGGUCAGCGAUGGCCUCAAGAUCGAUGUCCAAGAGGUUGAGGCGACAGAGAAGACCAGCGAGUCUAAGCAGCCCAUCUCCCUCUUUGAUCGCUCAGUUGACGACGACAACGACACCGCUAUGACCGAUGCGCCCGACGUCGACUCCAAGUACGAUCAUCUCCCUGCCGUCCCCAUUCCUCGCUACCUCCAGACUCCAGGCGAGAUUCCUCCCCUAUUCCCAUUCAACCGCACGUCUGUUUAUGUACUCCUCUCCGAUGCCACACCUGACCAGCGACCCAAGUCGGUCCUCCUCAAGGGCACAUCCCGCCAUGGCCCCCUUGAGCUGGAGAUCCCAAUCACCACCCUCGCCGAAAAGGACUCAGUCAUCCACCGCCUUGCGGCACGCAAGGAGGUCAAGGAACUGGAAGAGGGCCGAGGAUGGAUCACCCAUGCCAAGGAUGGCAGCGGCAAGCUCUUCAAGGAGAAGCACGAGGGACACUUCUCGGAUCUCGUCGAGCGAGAGGCUGUUCGCCUGGGUGUCACCUACCAAGUCGGUGGCAAGUGGUGCUCAUUCGUCGCCGUCGAGGAAAAGGACGGAGAGAAGAAGCAGCACGACGCUCCUCCUUCAUACCAGGACUAUGCCGACCAGGAUGCUUCCUCUACCCUUGAAGCCCUGAUGGCUGGCGGUCCUAGCUCUGCGAAUUAUUGCAUGACAUCCUCAAACAUUGCUCCGCCUCCUCCAGCCCCCGCGGCACCCGGAGGUGCCCUAUUCGGCGGUCCCCAACAACAAUCCGUCGAAAAGACCAGGAGCUCCCCCUUUGGUCGAGGUGGCCUCUUUGGUGGCCCCCAGCCGCCAAUCUAUGCUGCGCCGGCACUGGCACCUCCGGAAAAGGCUGUCGACGAUGCUACUCUUGCGCAGUACCAGAAGGAGAUGGCAGAGGCAGCAUGCAUGCCGCUUCCAGAUGAACUCGAGGAGGAUGAAGACUUGGGUUCCCCUGCUCCCCCUCCCCCUGCUCCUGCUUUCAAUACUGAAACUGCACUAAAGACUCUCAUCACUCUGCAGACCUUUUCUGGCAGCUGGUCUUGGAACCGAGAGCUUGAAGGUGUGCUGGGUGUGAAGGCCAAGGAUCUAACGACUAUGAGUCUGCCUGCCGCUGUGGCGAACCACAAGCAGAAGGAUGACAUUGUUGCUACUGCCUGUGCGGUUGUCUUCUUCAAGAGCAAGCUCAAGAGUGAGGAGGAUACUUGGGAGAUGCUUGUUGAGAAGGCCGAGGGAUGGCUGACGGAUGAGGUUGGUGAGGAUGCUGCGAAGGAGCUGAUGGAUGCUAUUCGAAAGUUCUAG